AAUUAUUUGCAAUCCAAAAAUGCUAUUUCUCCUGUACUUCUAAAUCAAUGGACUGUUUUGCUUUGCAGUUUGCACAUAUAAUAAAGCCUCACAUUUUUAGUGCAACUUGAAUGCUUCUGCCACCACUGAAAUCAAUAGUUUUGCUAGAAUUUAAUUUGUCUCUUGCUCAGUAUUUUUAUUCCCUGAUAAUAGAAACGUACUAUGAAAAUGCUUCAGCCCUUUAUCAUGUUAUAUGUGCCAACUAUUUAACUAAAUAAAAAAUUAAAAGAAAAUCAGGGUGAUGGAAUUUAUAAGCUCCAUUGAUUGGACUUGUUUCAUUGAUGUCUGGAUUCACUGAGCAUGUGAAAAGCCCUGGUUCAUUGAAGAGCAUCAUCAAUGGCUAAACCAGCAGUUUUCACCUUGAAUUUCUUCUUCUUGCUGGUUUUUCUGCUUCCCCGUUGCUCAAACCAGCUGCAGCCUUCUCAGUAUGAAGCCCUUGUGAGAAUAAAGCAGCUGCUCAAGUUCCCAGAAGAGCUCAGCAGCUGGAGUGAAAAUCAAGACUUUUGCAACUCUGAGCCAACACAAAUCCUCACUCUUGCUUGCUAUGAAGAGAACAUCACUCAGCUCCAUGUGACUGGUACCUAUUGGUUUCCCCAUUUGAGUCAAGAUUUCUCAACUGCUGCCUUGUUUUCAAACAUUGCUGCUCUCCCUUACUUGAAAGUGUUGUCCUUAGUGUCCAUAGGCCUGAAGGGGCCAUUGCCUUCAGGAAUUGGGGAGUUGUCUUCCCUGGAAAUACUCAACAUCAGCUCUAACUCUUUUAAUGGUUCCAUUCCUAGAGAAAUUUCAUCUAUGAGAAACCUUCAAACUCUUAUACUGGACCAUAACAGUUUCACUGGUGAAGUUCCUGAUUGGCUAAGUUCUUUGCCAGGUCUAAGUGUCUUGAGUCUAAAGAACAAUUCUUUUAGUGGUUCGUUACCUGAUGCAUUGUCUACAAUGACAGCCCUCAGGGCUCUGGUGCUGUCUGGCAAUAAUCUAUCAGGGCAAGUGCCUGGACUGCAUAACUUGACAAAUCUUCAAGUUCUUGAUCUUGAAAACAACAAUCUUGGACCUCAGUUUCCUAGUCUGCCUACAAAAUUGGUUUCUUUAGUGCUCAGGAAGAAUAAGUUCCACUCUGCAGUAUCAGAUGAAUUGAGUUCUUGUUAUCAACUCAAGAAGCUGGACAUUUCCUUGAAUGAACUUGUUGGCCUGUUUUCGCAGUCGCUUCUGUUGCUGCCUUCACUCACUUAUUUGGACAUUGGUGGGAACAAAUUCACCGGGAAGCUCUCAGAGAACAUUUCUUGCAAUGCACAGCUUGCAUUUGUCAAUUUAUCUGAAAACCGGUUGACCGGAGAGUUGCCUGAUUGUCUGCAGUCCAGUUCCAGGAGCAGGGUUGUUCUGUACAAUGGAAAUUGUUUAUCUAGGAUAUAUCAGGAUCAGCAUCCUUUGUCUUUCUGUCAUAGUGAAGCUCUUGCUGUAGGAAUUUCACCCCACAAAGAGGAUGAAAAAAGGGGAUAUGAUAAAGCAGUUCUUGCAUCAAGUAUGGUGGGGGGGAUCGUUGGGGCAAUGGCACUUCUUGGACUGGCCUUCCUGUUUGUGAAGAGGGAAUUUUCAAAGCAGCAUCGGCAUGUGAACAAAGAUCCUCACACAAGAUUGAUAGUGGAUAAGAUAUCACCUGCAAACACACUUCAGCUGCUCAAGGAUGCAAGGUAUAUUUCUGAAACAAUGAAGCUGGGAGCACUUGGGAUUCCACUGUAUAGAACGUUUGUUCUGGAUGAGCUUAAGGAGGCCACUAAUAACUUCAAUGCAUUGAAUCUUAUUGGUGAAGGUUCUUAUGGUCAGGUAUAUAAGGGAUGGCUCAUUGAUGGGACUGUGGUUGCCAUAAGAAGCAUGAAAGUGAAAAGAAGACACGGCAUCCACACUUACACUCAUCAACUUGAGCUGGUUGCAAAACUCAGACACUGCCACCUAGUUAGUGCAAUUGGGCACUGCUUUGAGUGCCAAGAUGAUUCAAGUGUCAGCAGAAUUUUUCUUGUGUUUGAGUACGUGCCAAACGGGACACUUCGAUCUUUUGUGUCAGAUGGACAACAAGGACAAAAGUUCACUUGGAAACAAAGAAUAGGUGCAGCUGUUGGAGUCGCAAGGGGUAUCCAGUUUCUUCAUACGGGGAUAGUGCCAGGUGUAUACUCGAAUCGCCUGAAAAUAACAGACGUUCUGCUGGACACCGACCUGCACGUUAAGAUUAGCAAAUACAAUUUACCUCUGUUGGCAGAGCAUAGGAGAUUGGAUGAAGUUGAAGUGUCAACCCGUGGACCAAAACAAGAUUUUGUUUCAAUGUUGGGCAGUGAGGAGAAAGACGAUGUCUAUGACUUUGGAGUAAUUUUACUUGAAAUCAUAGUCGGGAGGACAAUCGUCUCUUUCAGUGAUAUUAGUGUCUCCAAAGAUAUACUAUCUGUGAGCCUAACAGCGGACAGUAUAGCUCGGAGGAGUAUUGUCGACCCAGCAAUUCACAAGGAAUACUCGGAUGAUUCACUCAAGACUCUAAUUGAGCUUUGCAUUAGGUGUCUAUCGAGCGUGCCAUCUGAGAGGCCUUCUGUCGAGGAUGUCCUCUGGAAUUUGCUGUUUGCAGCUCAAAUUCAGGAAAUGUGGCAUCGUGAGUCAAGCAGUAACCGGGACUCCCCAGUCCAUGCACCCUCAGUAAAUUUAACAGAAUAAACUAUUAUUUAGGCUAUGUUACAUGAAUGUACGUAGUGGUACAAUGUACAAGAGGAAGGCAUGUAGAGAUAGCUACGUUGUCAGGACUUUGUUUUUAGACUUCAUUUCUAAGUGGGAACUGAAACUGGAUGUAGUAAAUUCCCAUUAUUAUUGUUAUCAUGAUUAGGGUAAAUUACAACGA